UACGAAAUGCUCUGAGACCACGUUCAAUUCUGAGAAGCACCUGUCAAUUGCCUAGUGCACAUUAUCUAAUUGGACAAGGAUUUGGCAAACUAUGGAAUUAAGUUGUCAAAGAACAAUGUUUCAAACUUGUGAGUUGAGGUUUGGCGUUGGUUCUGUCGUCUCCGAUGUGGUAGCCUAAACAUCAAUGGAUACAUCAAUUUGGAAUACAAGUCCCUAUUGUCGCGUGUUUCAGGAUAAACAAUGCUAGUACUACUAUUGAGAUUACUGUGCUUUUCACUUUGUAGCGAGGUUGUUUUCACUCACAUACACGGGGAGAAGACAAAGACACAUUUUACUCCUAGACAUGAGUAUGCCGUCGCUAACGGGAAUGUACACAAAACCAAUAGUAGCCAGAGCUGGCACUCCGCGUAUGGCAGAGUUGUCAACGAAAUGGACAGUAAAAGGGUGCAUACCUCAACUGCAUCGUCUUGGGAUGUGGUUAGGUCAUGGGUGGAUAAAAGGAAUGGGACUUCAUUUAAUAUGAAAAGAGUUAUGAAUGAAAGAACAAUAGUGCGCAAAAGCAAUUCGUCAAAUGGAACCGAAUAUGUUACGUUACUCGAGGAUGAAGAGUCAGAGAGGCGCAAGGUGGAAAAGUUGGACACAGAGAAGCAUGCAACCAUGGAAACGCGGGAUGGUGUAUAUGGUCAUUUAACCCCCUCCAUGAGACAUAAGCGAGGAGGACACCACCAUAACGAGCACAAACGGAUCUGCAGACACAAAAGAGGGACUAUAGGCCGUCGGAGAAGAAAUGUGAAGGAUGGCAGUAAAACAGAGAACAAAAUAAGUGAGCCAACCAUUCUGUCAGAUGCGUCUUUGGAUGCACUGCUGACCAUGUGGGAACCGCUGCCUAAACCUAUGGCCCAGAACCAGUCAACAGACUUGCCAUUUGAUGCCAGUGAUUAUGAACAGUUCACUUUGCCAGACCUCCAAGACUAUACCCCACUAAUUCCUCUCAAUCCUCAAACAAAGAGAAAAUAUGUCAAAAACCCCUUUUACCCCAUAACAGCAGAAUCAUAUGGGGCAUAUGCGAUCAUGAUCAUUUCAGUCAUAAUUUUCACUGUUGGAAUAAUUGGGAAUAUAGCAAUCAUGUGCAUUGUGUGCCACAACUACUACAUGAGAAGUAUUUCAAAUUCUCUUCUUGCCAAUCUCGCCCUUUGGGAUUUUGUUAUCAUCUUUUUCUGCCUGCCGAUGGUGAUAUUCCAUGAACUGACCAAGAAUUGGCUGUUGGGGGAGUUCUCCUGUAAAAUCAUCCCCUAUAUUGAGGUAAUGUCCACAAGCUAUUGUGUUACUUGAGUGAGUGUUAUGAUUGGGUGUUGAAGUGGGGUCCCUGUUCAAAGUCUGCUGUCAAUAACUCUCUCUUCCUUGUCACAUCUACAUUCUAUUCUGCUUGGUAUGUACUUCAUACAACAUGCAAUGAUCUGUGCGCAAUUGUGUGCACAGCCUGGUCUCAUAAACUAGACAUAACAUAGUAAAUGUAAAUCUGACACAGCAUUUAGAAUAUGUUACAUUUGGUAUGGUUACAUAAAACAGAAGGUUGCUUAAGGUAAAAAAUAAAGGAGGGUGAUUGGUUGGGCGUAUAAGGCGAAGAUCUAGCAACCCAAAGGUUGCGUGUUCAAAUCUUAUCAUGGACAAUUUGAGCUAAUUAGCUACUUUUAACCACUUACUACAUUUGAGCUACUUUGCAACUAGAAUGUUAGCUAACCCUUCCCCUUCCCCUAACCGUAACACUUAACACAGGUAGCCUAGCGGUUAAGAGCGUUGGGCCAGUAACCGAAAGGUUGCUGCUUCGAAUUCCUGAGCCAACUAGGUGAAAAAUCUGUCGAUGUGCCCUUGAGCAAGGCACUUCAUCCUAAUUGCUCCUGUAAGUCGCUCUGAAUAAGAGUGUCUGCUAAAUGACAAAACAUUUUAAAACACUUUUAGCUAACCCUAACCUUAACCCUUUAACCUAGCUCUUAACCCUAACCCCUAGCCUACCUAACAUUAGCCAUCUAGCUAACGUUAGCAUUAGCCACCUAGCUAACGUUAGCCACAACCAAUUAGAAUUCGUAACAUAUCAUAUGUUCAUAAAUUCGUAACAUAUUGUACAUUUUGCAAAUUCGUAACACAUCAAAUAAAUUGUAAUUCGUAACAUACCAUAAAAAAUUGAUGAUGGACAUCUACAAAUUAAUACAUACCGUACCAAACGUAUCAUAUCAUACUAAAUGGAGUGUUCGGAUUUACGUACAGAACAAUACAAAAUGCUCUGAGACCAGGUUGGUGUGCAGUGUACCAGGUUUAGAUUACUUGUUCUCCAAUGUCACCUCAACCUGUUGUUUCAAACUCUUAGUUGAGCUGUCACUGGCUAGAUACAGAAGUAAAUGCCCCUAAAGCAACUUAUGCUCAGAGAUAGGGUUACAGUCCUACUUUCCCUACAGUCUAAACAAUGAGGCAGUGGUCUGAAACUCACUAGGCCUCAGUAAUUACUGCACAGACCCACACCUAUUAUUGCAUCAGUUUACCAUGUCUGUUUCAGCCGUAAGGCAGCUCUUUUGUCAGUCAUCUAUUGUAAAAGAUACAAUGGUCAAAUUAGGUGAUGAGGGAUCACAUAGACAUUGUGCAGAGCCUCUAAAAUAACAUGUUUUACAGAGUUAAACAAAUCUAAACACACAGUACAGUAUAUAUAUAUUGUAGCCAUAGCAUAGGUAACUAAAGGGUCUGUAUUAGCACACUUGUUACUACAUACUGCAUGUCACAUGUGAUUUGAAUGCUGCAGGACGAUAUUAUGAAGAGAAAAGUCUGUUAUUGACCCUAGGAUCUAUUUAGACAGGGAACAGUUUGUACACAGUUUGUACACAGUUUACAGGCGUCAUCGACAGGUCCUAGAGAGAAACUUUUGUUCCAAUCCAGCACUAACAUACCUGUUUCAAAUAAUCAACCAAUCAUGGUCUUUCAUCUAGAUCACAAUAAGCUAAAUCAGGUGUGUUAGUACUGGGCUGGAACAAAAGCCUACACACCCACUAGCUCUCCAGGAUCGGAGUUGGAGAAGCCUGAGUAAGAGGAUUCAAUGAAGAUGCAUUGUGCCGCUUUCUACAUUAAGGAUUAAUCUGGCAGCCCAGGAGUUCUGCUGAUAGAACUGAGCCGCUUUUCUCACAGGAUAUCCACCUUUCAAAAAAACAACAUUAGUUGGUUAUAUCACCUGCUGUCUAAAUGGAACCCAGCCAGACGCAGGUGCAGCUAGGGACAACACCCUAGAUCAAGGUUCCCCAACUGGCGGCCAGCAUGCAGAAUUUGGUCCGUGGGUGGUUUUAUUUGCCUCCCCCCCCAGCUUUCUGAGCAAAAUAAUAAUAAGGUUUUUUGUUUUUUUUGGGACAUAAAAUAAUGUCAAUACACCAGGAAAUCAGCUCCAAGUGAUUUUAAUUUAAGAAAUAUGUUCCUAAGGAUUCUCACACAUAAUAGAGAGACACGUGAUAGUAUACAAAUGUAAGCAAGGUUUAAAACUGUUAUGUUUUAUUCAAACAUUAUAUCUGUAUGGGCUUCUUGCAGUCAAUUUGUAGUCUACAAAUUAUUUGUAAUUAUGUUCCGGCCCCCUGACCAUCCGCUCAAGAAAAACAUCUGCCCUCGGCUGAAUCUAGUUGAUGAUCCCUGCUCUAGAUCUUAUGCAUUCCAAGAACUUGGAACACCUUAUACAAUUUGCAAAACAAACUGUGAUUGAGGUCACAGCAUUAAAACUAUGCACCUCAACAACUAUGCAUUUUCUUGGUGAAAGUAGCUUUGUUUGGAAUAAACGCAGAUGUGAAGAGAUUGGAUGAGUAUAAUCAACACAUUGACGGACCCACCUUGUCCUUGAUAGGCUAGGUGCAAUUUUCCCUAUGGUUUACACCUAUCCAAUCCUUUCAGAUCUCCACGAGUGCAAAACCCUAGGGCUGGGUGUACCUGUCUCUGUGUUUUAUGCAGUCCAAUCCUCUACUCUUCUACAGACCUCUUUGACUUAAUCUCCUGCCUUUUACCAGUCAGUCUGUUCUCACAGUUGCGGAAAUGUACUUCAUGUAAGAUGGAUGAAUGUUGCAAGGGUUCACUAUCGUACUGUGGGUCCUGAGUGCCUUUCAUGGGAAAUGUGUGAAUUAUUUACCCGGAGAAGGAAGCACACUCCUUUUAGAAGAGGAAAUCAUCUAGAUUAAAAAGCUUCUAUGGGUAGCUAAAUUCAUCUGUCCGGGCGUACAUAUUGUACAUAAUGACAACAAGACAGAUAAACCACCACACAAAGACCCAAACAAUCCAAAUGAGUGACGCUGUAUAAAGUGUCUGUAAACUGCUUAGUGACAGUGUUUGUAAGUCCAAUUCUAUGCCAAACAUUUAGAUUUUACAUUUUAGCAGACACUCUUAUGGAGAAAGACUUACAGGAGCAAUUAGGGUUAAGUGCCUUGCCCAAGGGCACAUUGACAGAUUUUUCACCUAGUCGGCCCGGGGAUUCAAACCAGUAAACCUUUCGGUUACUGGCCCAAUGGCCUUAACCGCUAGGCUACCUGUCGCCUUGUAGGCCAUUUUAAAACCACAGUCCCAGACCUAGCACUUGAAGUCUCUUUGAGUUGCCUGCCUCCAUGGUAAAAACAUUGAAUGGAUAGCGGUAGCGGCAUCCUAGUUAUGCUAAGCGACUUGGUAAUCAAGCAUUUAAUGGAGCGUAAUUACAGAAACAGUGGGGACAUUAAUUCUAAUGGCUCCUGUGGCAACUGAAGUACCUUCAGUCACAUGAAAAUGUGUCAUUAUGGACACAGAGGUGACAGAGGUUAGUUACACGAGGCCUGCCCGCCACUAUUGACAUACAGUAGCCCUGGGGGAAAGCUGUCAUGUUGACGAUGAUGGCCAGUGGCAAGUGUUUGGCUGAAAGUGCUUAGUCUUGACAAUACAGUGAAGCGACAUGAAGCAACAACAAAUGACCAAGACCCUCAGCUUAACGCUUUACACAUGUGGGAAUUGGCCUAUAUGGAUAGGGCUAAAUUGUAAUGUUUCUUACAGAAGAAGGAGGAAAUGCAUAAGCAUGGUAGGCGGCAGGUAGCUUAGUGGUUAAGAGCAUUGUGCCAGUAACCGAAAGGUCGCUGGUUCUAAUCCCCGAGCCGACUAGGUAAAAAAUCUGUCGAUGUGCCCUUGAGCAAGGCACUUAACCCUAAUUGCACAUGUAAGUCGCUCUGGAUAAGAGCGUCAGCUAAAGGAAAAAAAAAAUAAAUAAUAAUAAAAUAAAAAAUUGGUAGCAAUUGAAAGGGAACCGUUUGGAGAUGAUGGGAAAAUUAUUAGACCAAAGUUGAGGACACAAGACUGAAUCCAAACAUUCCACUGUUGAUUUUAUAUGCCAUUUACAUUUAUGGUACUUUUCACCGCAUUUGUUGAUAACGAAAUCUGGAAAUACUCUGUAUACAUUCAGUAACAUGAUAGGAAUAUUCCUGGAAAAUGUGGGGUAGGUGCAACAUAAGACAAAUAAAUGACAAGGAUUUAAGUGAGAGGUCUAACGGGUGUCUCCAAGUGGCCACACACCUCUCCAAAGUGUGCACUGUUCCUAAGUAAUUUCAAUGAUCUUUUAUGACUCAAAGAAAAGUCUUCAACUAUAAGGUGCUUUUCUUUAGCUCUCCUAGCUGUGCCGUUGAGGAACGAGCAAGCACACUUGUAGUUGUUUUGUUUUGAACACAGCGCUGCAUCCCCGCCAUCACACAAUUACUGUUGUUGUUUACGCAAUCCAAAAACACUCACUCACAAUCAUUUGAAAGCUUGUUAUAUUGCCAACAUGACUAGUUAAGUUAUAAACUAUGAUCGUACAGUGUUAGGCUUUCAGAAGGCAAUUCAGAGAAACAGAUCGUAAUUUUGGUGGGCAUACUGUAGAAAGGAGUCAUGAGUGCAUUCAGGUGCGUGUUCUGCAGAGAAUUUUCUUCACAAUAGACAAACAAAGGCUCAUUCUGUUCAGAACAACCCAGGGUAUGACGCCAUGUCAUCUUGUAACUGUACAUUUAACAUAGUGAUCAUAAACAUUGACAUGACAUGAGUUUUAUGACAUGGAAAUGUGAAGUGCACAUUUGAACUUAGGGUGUCUGGCUUGCUUGUAUGACAUCAAAGCGGUAUUUAUUAUAAUCAUCAACGUCUCAGCUUUCAAAGUACAUAGAGCCCUCUUAAUUUACAGCAUUUCCCUCACUCAGACAAUUUUUCUUUUUCACAACAGUUGACCAAUUAGAGGGAGGGAUGGGGUCAACUUCUUGUCACAUAGGGGUGCUCAAAUUAAGAACAGCUGUCAGUCAAAACCCAUACAGCGCUGUGAAUUGCACAGCCUGAGCUCUGACGUAAUUUAUAGCAUUUUCCUGUACAGCCACUGCAUUCCAAUUGAAAUGCUUAUCAGUGCCCAAAUCUGCAAUUACAUACAAAUGGUGCUGUAUGUGAAGUGCAACAGAUCUCUCUCGUUCUCUCUCUCGCUCUCUCUCUCUGAGGCCAGAAGGACCAGACAGAUCAAAGCCUGCCUCUGUACGUCUGACAGUACUCAUGGCUUCUCUGGCUCAGGCACUGGCUCCUGUGUUUAUAGCUUCCUCGGCCAAGGCCCCUAAGGAGGCAGUCACAAUGAUCAAGCCUAGCAACAAAACAACAUAACACUACUACACGCUGUAGAAGACAACACUGAACUUAACACUCAAUGUUAAAUGCACAUUUGUCUCUGAGUUCUGUGUGUAUUAGCGUGUAAGAUUUGGGUGAAAAAGCAACCCCAUUUGCAGCAUUUUUGUGGUUGUAUUAUGAUAGCAAAAAAUUUUGAGCAUAGUGAAGUUCUGGGUGUAGGGAUAGAGAUAUUGCAUUGAGAUAUUAAUCUCCAUGCCUCAUGGUCUGCAGUUUCUAUUCAUGUUAUUUAAUCAUGAAUAUGAGCUGGCUCUCUUGCCAAGUCCAUAACUCGAUCAGGCUAAGAAAUUAGAAAACAGCAUACUGUAACCAUCGAGGACUAGAAUUGGGCUCCCUUGCGCACAGCACGAUAUACUGUGCACCUUCUUUAUCACGUUACAAAGUCAUCAAUAUUAUAAGUUGUUGCUCUAAAAAUAAAUGUGAGUCUAAAGAUCACCCUUUUGGCAUCCACCUGUAGUCUCCCCACUCUUUAAAACAGUAUCACUCAUAACACAUUACUCAUGGCUACUUUCAAACAUCUCAGUAUGGGAAAUUAGGAUCUAGUGUGCGAUGAAGGACGGAAAAAUCUGUUUGUCAUUUAUUAAAACAAGUGUGGACCUUCGAGUUCUCUAUUAACAGAGCUGUCAAAACAUAACCUCUUUAUGGAUGACUUCUCUCCCUCUCUCUAAACCUGUUGAUGUCUAGAUUACUGUGCUGUACCAUUGUCAUUCGAAAAUUGUUCCAAGCGGUCUUUAAAACACGGAUGGUUUACAGUGGACACAUUCUUUUGAUCUUUUCAGAGAGCAACAUGGCUCUGGGGCCUUGGUAUUUUAUCCAGACUUCCCAAGGUGCAUUACAAUAAGGAGAAGUAUCUGGAGACUGGAUACAUUUUCUAUACUUGUUUCUCAAUCAAUUGUUAAUGUGGAGUAAUAACACAUCAACUGGAUAGUAUCUUACCUUCUCCUCCCUGAUCUUUGUCCUUCCAGGUCGCCUCCCUCGGGGUUACCACCUUUACCUUGUGUGCCUUGUGCAUCGACCGCUUCCGCGCUGCCAGCAACGUCCAGAUGUACUACGAGAUGAUUGAGAACUGUGCCUCCACAGCCGCCAAGCUGGCCGUUAUCUGGAUCGGGGCUCUCCUAUUGGCCCUGCCAGAGCUCCUGAUUCGCCAGUUGGUCACUGAAGAUGGCUCGCCUCCGGAUGUGACGCCCUGCCAGCGCUGCGUGGUUCGUAUCUCCACCGAGCUCCCCGACACGCUCUACAUGCUGGGCCUGACCUAUGAUGGUGCUCGCCUCUGGUGGUACUUUGGCUGCUACUUCUGCCUGCCCACGCUGUUCACCAUCGGCAGCUCCCUGGUGACCGCCCGUAAGAUCCGUCAGGCCGAGCGGGCCUGUGUGCGCAGCAACAAGAAGCAGAUCCACCUGGAGAGCCAGAUGAACUGCACGGUUGUGGCGUUGGCCAUCCUCUAUGGCUUCUGCAUCAUCCCUGAGAACAUCUGCAACAUCGUCACCAUCUACAUGGCGGCAGGGGUGCCCAGACGGACCCUGGACAUUCUCCACCUGGUCAGCCAGCUGGUGUUGUUCUGUAAGUCGGCGGUGACACCCGUCCUGCUGUUCUGCUUGUGCCAGCCCUUCAGCCGGGCCUUCCUGGACUGCUGCUGCUGCUGCUGUGAUGAGUGUGGCCCGCCCAGGUCUUCCACCACCGCCACCACCAGCGAAGAGAACGAGCACGAGUGCAACCACCACCGACCUGGAGCUUUCGCCCUUCAGCACCAUCCACAGGGAGGCAUCCUCCUCCUACACCACUGCAGGGACCCACUGCUAAGAAGUGUCAAAAGGUCAUGA